UUCAUCUUCAUCUCCAGUACUGUAGUAAGUUCUCUCCUUAACAACUUUGUCCUCCGUCAAGCUUCCAUGGCAAUAAUCAUUCUCUGCGUUAUCUUCUCCAUCAUCUCCAUUCAACUGCUCGCGCGGAAACUGCAGCAGAAGCAGGGGAAGAAAACGUACCAUCCAAUUGGCGGCACCGUAUUCCAUCAGCUCGUCAACUUCAAUAGGCUGCACGAUUACAUGACUGAUCUUGCUGGGAAGCACAAGACUUACAGAUUGAUCGGCCCUUUUCGGAGUGAGGUUUAUACCUCGGAUCCGGCUAAUGUUGAGUAUAUGCUGAAAACGAACUUUGAGAAUUAUGGCAAGGGAUGGUACAACUAUAGCAUUCUAAAGGAUCUGUUAGGUGAUGGAAUUUUCACAGUUGAUGGUGAGAAGUGGAGGGAGCAGAGAAAAGUGUCGAGCUAUGAGUUCUCGACAAGGGUAUUGAGGGAUUUUAGUAGUGUGAUUUUCAGAGAUAAUGUCGUAAAGCUUACCAGAAUAGUGUCUGAAGCUGCAAUCUCCAAUGAGCCAAUGGAUAUCCAAGACCUUUUCAUGAAGGCGACUUUAGAUUCGAUAUUCAGAGUUGCAUUUGGAGUUGAUUUAGACACUAUGUGUGGUUCGAACGAAGAAGGUGCAAAAUUUAGCAAUGCUUUUGAUGAUGCGAGUGCAUUGACUCUGUGGAGGUACGUGGAUAUUCUGUGGAAGAUAAAGAGAACUUUCGGUAUUGGUUCAGAAGCAAAAUUGAAGAAAACUCUCAGAGUGAUUGAUGAAUUUGUGUACAAGUUGAUCUCUAGUAAAAGUGAAAAAAUGCAUGAGUCGCCGGAUGAUUCAACUCUCCAGUUGAAAAAAGAAGACAUCUUGUCAAGGUUUUUGCAGUUCCAAGAGACAGAUCCUAAGUACCUGAGAGAUAUCAUAUUGAAUUUCAUAAUUGCUGGGAAGGACACAACAGCAACAACUAUUUCCUGGUUUAUUUACAUGCUCUGCAAGCAUCCUCUUGUACAGGACAAAGUGGCAAAAGAGAUAAAAGAUGUGACAGACUCAAAAGAGGUGGUAAGUAUUUCAGAGUUUGCUGCUAGCGUGAGUGAAGAAAAUCUGGAGAAGAUGCAUUACCUUCACGCUGCGUUGACCGAGACCCUGAGGCUCUAUCCAGCUGUGCCAGUGGAUGCAAAAGUAUGCUUGUCUGAUGACACAAUGCCAGAUGGAUACAGUGUGAAUAAAGGCGAUAUGGUGGCUUAUCAACCGUAUGCAAUGGGAAGGAUGAGAUUCAUAUGGGGUGACGACGCAGAGGACUUCAGACCAGAAAGAUGGAUCGAUGAGAAUGGCUGCUUCCAGCAGGAGAGCCCCUACAAAUUUACAGCUUUCCAGGCCGGGCCUCGGAUUUGUUUGGGAAAGGAAUUUGCUUACAGGCAGAUGAAGAUCUUCUCAGCUGUUCUGCUGAGAUUCUUUGUCUUUAAAUUAAGUCAUGAGGGGCAAACGGUGAAGUACAGAACAAUGAUCAAUCUUCACAUUGAUGGGGGGCUCAGCGUUCGUGCCUUCCACAGAUCAGAUAUGAAGUCGACGUGAACUCAUACUGGAUUCAUCUCUGUUUUGGAGGCUGGAAACGUUGUUGCUCGUGACUAUUUCUGAGUUCCAAUAAUGUAUCAUGGUCUUAUCCAUGAUGUAAUCCAUCAUUUCACUAUUUCAAGUGCGUUGUUGUAAAAUGUAAUGAACAGAAAAGUUUGCCAUGAACACAAAAGGUCUACAAUCUAAUACGAUACCCCUCUUAAGACACA